UUAUGCUUAUGCUUUGGAGAAAGGAUGAAAAGUGUUUAUUUUCUCCUUCACUUAGCUUCCAUAUUCAUCUUCUCACAAGCUCAAUCAAUAGUUUCACACCCUCAUGCUCUCAAAUCCCAAAAUUUCAAUUCCAUCCAGAAAGUUGGGAGGACCUGUUCUUUCAUAGUGAUCAUAAAGACAAGCUGCUCAUCAAUCCAAUUUACAAGAGAUCAAAUCAGUCUGGCCUUUGGUGAUGCCUAUGGCAAUAAGAUAUAUGCACCAAGAAUAGAUGACCCAACAUCAAGGAGAUUUGAAAGGUGUGUAUCAGAUACAUUUCAACUAUCAGGAGAAUGCACAUACCAGAUUUGUCAUGUGGCUUUCUAUAGAAGUGGAUCGGACGGCUGGAAGCCAGAGAGUGUGACCAUCUACGGUUUCAAUUCCAGACCUGUUACAUUCUACUACAAAAGGUUUAUUCCCAAAGGAAUUUGGUUUGGAUUUAAUCAUUGUUCUAAGGCUUCAGGCUUCAGCCUUCAGGCUUCAUAAUCACCUCCACUUCUAAUUAAUUAAAUUCUCUAUGGUUUUUGGGUCUGAUAUUCCAAGGUUGCUUCUUAUUACUCAUUGUAAGUUUGUAUUUAUCAAACCUAGCUUUAUAUGUAACGAUAUUAUGAUGUGAGAUUGUGCUUAAGUUUCAGCUGUCUCCUAUGCUUGGGAGAUCCAUGUAUAGAAUUACCAUUAAUAAACGUACAUAUUUUUAUAUUGAA